UCCAUCACCAUAGCAAUGGCAUCAUGCUGAUUUUGGUGAUACAAGAGCUGAGCGCUAGCACGAACGCUAUCGUCAUACACCACUGACAUUCCCCACUCGCUUACACCCAUCCCUCGAACAUGACCUUCGUCUCAAACGAUCCCACUUGGUGGCCGACAAUCAAUUUAAGUGUUUUUGACAGCUAUUGGAUGGUUGCUGCCGGCGUCGUUGUGGUGUACGACUGGGUAUUAACAUUCGGACAAGAGAUUGAACUCAUCUGGAGACAACGCUGGUCUCUCAUAACCGUGCUAUACCUGCUUAUACGCUAUGCUGGACUACCAUAUUCUGUUGUCUGGCUUCUUUCAACUAUACCGGUAUCGCUGACAGAUGCGGUGAGCACUAUUACGAACCACGUACUGAGUGGGACAAAUGUGGUCGUAGCUGCUGCGUUAGGCGUCAUCAUGAUUGCUCGCUUACAUGCUAUGUAUCAAGGAUCUAGAAUGAUGCUCGCCUUCCUUGUUAUUAUCUUUCUGACGGUUAACAUCACCUGCGUAGUACUCUUGGCAAUAGGACUCAAGUAUGCUGUAGGGGAGGAGCUGAUACUCUCUGGCACAUAUCUGUGCGUUUAUGGAGUUGAAGGGGACUCAUCGCUUCUUAUUUCAAUGAUUUGGAUGCUCAACACUAUUUGGGAGGUCCUCGCACUGUGUCUUUCAGUCUGGGUUGCUGUGAAACACUUCCGUAAGCGACGACUCGACUCAUCGACAGGAUCGACCAUCGGGGACUAUUUCAGAGUGCUGAUACAAUCUCAUGUUCUUUAUUUUGCAAGGUGAGCUUGUGAUGUGACCGCGGUUAUAUUUUUUGCUCAAGUUCCGCACAUG